UACGGUGGUAAUGAACAGAAACUCUACAAUGAUUUGAUGAAAAACUACAACAAGAAAGUGCGGCCUGUGUGGAACGCCAGCACACUGAUCGAGGUUAAACUAACGCUCUCGGUUAUCCAAGUCGUUGAAAUGGAUGAGCGAAAUCAGAUUCUGACGACCAACGUUUGGAUAGAGCAGCAUUGGUACGACGAGAAGAUGAGUUGGGACCCAGACGAUUAUGGUGGAAUCGAAAUCAUCAGAAUACCUGCCACUGAGCUUUGGGUACCUGAUAUUACUCUCUAUGACAAUGCCGAUUCGAAUGACUACGUAUCAACUAGCAGAACCUCGAACGCUUUGGUCAACCACAACACACAAGUCGAUCUCUGGUCGAAGCCUUGCCUCCUCAAAAGCACAUGCAAGAUAGAUGUCAAAUACUUCCCAUUCGAUUACCAGGAGUGUACCAUGAAGUUUGGAUCGUGGACAUACAACAGCUUCCAGAUGAGCUUGGACAAGGUCAUCAGCGACGCAGACCUGUCUGGUUAUAUACCCAACGAACAGUGGAACUUGACAUACGCCGUGGUGCGACGUCAUCGUAUUAAAUACCCCUGCUGUCCAGAAGAGUACCAUGACGUAACUUUCUAUUUUGGACUGCAAAGAAAACCAUUGUACUACAUCUAUAACCUUAUCAUGCCGUGUAUAUUACUGUCUUCGUUGGCCAUGUUGGGAUUUUUCAUGCCGUAUGACGUAGGAGUGGUGAAGGUAUCGCUUAGCAUAACACUCAUCCUGUCUUUGACGGUGUUUCUUCUGCUUGUGGCUGAAAUGAUGCCGAGAACAUCUGAGGAGGUUCCUCUUAUUGGCCAGUAUUACGCCGCCACUAUGUUUUUGAUUUCAAUAUCAACUGCCAUGAACGUUUUCGUUCUGAAUGUGAACGAAAGAGGAGGUAUGAACGGUCGGGAAGUACCUCGCCUCCUCCGCAGGAUAACAUUUGAUUAUCUGGCAGGGAUUUGUCUAGUGGGGCCGUGCCCAAACAAAAAGAAGGCAAAGACUACUCAGGAGUCUCACGAGCUCAAGUAUAAGAUGGUGAACUCAGCCACGCAUGGCUCCAAUGUAGUAAACCAUCAGCCGCCAAGUUCCAACGGCGGACGCAACGUCAGGUUCAGUGCCAACCUUCACACUUCCUACCCAGAGCACGAGAUUCUCAUGGAUGAGUCGAUGGAUCAGCACGUGGGGCGUAGCGGCGAGUACGACGGCAGUGAAAGGCGGCUGUUGAAGCUCGAGCGGAGUGUUGACGCCAUUUUAAAGCACAUGAAGAACUUACAGAAGAGGAAGGAGAAACAGCAACAGCUGAAAUCGGACUGGGCCAAGGUUGCCCAGGUCAUGGACCGGGUCCUCCUCAUUAUCUUUGUCAUGUGCACGACGGCCACUGCAUUAAUUCUUCUUUUACAAAGAUCUCCAGAUAAAGUGCCACCGCUUGACGAAAGCGAACUUAAAAUGGGUGCUGAGGUAAAUACUGAAGCGUGAUCUGAUGUCGACCGUUGAGGGCGGAAGACCACUCUUCCUCGUGUAUGAGAACUUAUAAUUAUCAUCAUCAAGGGAAUUUUAACAUACUUAUUGUAGUGUGUGGUAUUAUAUGGAAAGACGUAGACAAAAUGAAAUGGCCUGUUGGCCGUUGACAAAGACAGACUUGGAGGUUAACUAACAACAACCAAUCACGGUGGUGCUCAGCGUAUCUGACCAUGUAAUCACCCCAUGUUUGUUAAACACCAGCUAAAAAUCAGAAAAUCAGAGCAAUCGAAUGCGACCAACUGACAAACUGGACUCUACGUAUACAGUCUGUGACAUUUUCACACGGCCGGACUCUGUGAUAAAGCUGUUCAAUUAGUGAAAGUGUGGAAUGGUGUAUUUUGUACAUUAAAGAAAAAACGUACACGAGAAAAUGACAUAAAUAACUAUAUAGACCUUAUGCACAUGACGUCAUUUCAGUAGGGCGCCCUCACCUAGAGGUCAAAAGGAGGUUGUUCAUU